ACGACAGUCUGGCACCCUCCUUGUGCUCUACCUCUGAUCCACUUCACUUUCCCCGGCGGCUCACUUUUUGUGUCAACAUACGCGCUUUUGAAUAUGCCCACAUAUCAGAAUCCGCAAACCGGGGCACAGAAGCGAAAGUCGGACUUCCACGACCCAAACUCUGCGAAUCGCAAACGACAAGCAGUUGAGUCAACAAGCGAAGGCAGGGGUGGAGGAGAUGCAUCGAAGGAAAAGUUCUGGAUGGUACAAUGGAGAGCGCCUCAGUACAAGAAGCACAAGACUUGGGAUGGCGACGCGGUCAUGCAGGUGAUCGGCAAUUCGUGCACAUUGUUCGACAUGAUGGCAGAUCCUUUACGAGUGGACGACUUCAUGGCAUUGAAUCGGCGGACGCACUUGACCAAGGGGUCAACUUGACGGUCGGAAACAAGGAACUCGAAGUAGACCAUGUGGUUCUUCGCUCGGACUUCAUGUCAGGGAAGUGUUUCUCAAACGGCCGGGUUGGCCAUUCGUCCCCCAUGCCUGCUCCAUCAACAUCCGGGGCCCCGUCGAAGCCUUACGCGCCUCUCAGACCCAAAGCAAUGAAUGGAUUCAAGCCCCCGAGCAGGGUCAGCGAGGCUGUCGCGCCUAAGAAGGCCAUCGAGCUCGAGCCCGUUGAUCUUGUGAAAGGCGACAAAUUUUCUUCGAAAGGCAACACACAGGUUUCCUUCUGGACCGCAAAUUGGCGAAAGCCACAACAGAAGAAGCACAAGACGUGGGAUGGGGACGCGUUUUUGAGCCUCCGGGCAGAGAAAAUGGCUCUCAUCUCUGAGAAGGGCAUGGUCAUCGGCACAAAGAAGUGGGAUGGACUUCCGCUGUAUAGCGGAUAUUCGACAUUCAUCGGCGGAAAAGAAGUAGAGCUUGACGGCCAGAUUUCCGAGUCCGACCUGCCGACAAUUGUCGGAUCGUCCAUUGAAGCUAGUUUGGACCCUGAAAUUGACAGUUCACCGCAGACGCCAGCUCAGCCUUCGUUCCUCGUCAAAUCUAGAAGAGACUCAGCAGAGACGAGCAGUAGCCCUUCCGCAAAUUCGCCUGCGGCGUUGAAGAAAUUUGUUACACCCACGUCGUUCUACGGCAAGGCCCCUGCGAAGCCAAAGCCGAGAGGGCCUCUGCACGAUCCGAAUGCCGAAGGCGCAAUCGUGAUGAAAGCCCCGACGAAGGAACAUGCUGCGAAACAUAACAAGAAGAAUCUGCCGACUGUCGGAGUCGUCAUUGACCCCAUUCUGGCAAGACGUCUUCGCCCUCACCAAGUAGAGGGUGUCAAGUUCUUGUACGAAUGUGUGAUGGGUUUACGAAAGCACGAGGGCAACGGAUGCAUCUUGGCCGAUGAAAUGCAAGGCAUGGGUAAAACACUCCAGACAAUUACCCUGUGUUGGACAUUGCUCAAGCAAAACCCCUAUGCGGGAGCGGGCCCGGUUGUCGGAAAGAUACUAAUCGUAUGCCCAGUGACGCUCGUUAACAACUGGAAGAACGAAUUUCACAAAUGGCUGGGAAGAGAUAGGGUAGGCGUGAUGGUGGGAGACAAGGACAAAGCCUCGAUCAAGCAUUUCGUGAACUCGAAGAUUCACCAUGUAUUGAUCAUUGGUUAUGAACGCCUGCGAACGGUGAUCUCCGACCUGGCUUACUGCAACCCGCCUAUUGGUCUGAUCAUAUGCGACGAAGGCCACAGGCUAAAGUCCGCGAACAACAAGACAUCGACGAUGUUUGAGGCGCUUCGGACACCGCGUAGAAUCAUUCUCUCGGGAACUCCCAUCCAGAACGACCUUGGGGAAUUCCACGCGAUGGCUGAUUUCUGCAAUCCUGGACUGCUCGAUGACUAUAAUACCUUCCGCCGUGUAUAUGAGACGCCAAUCCUCAAGAGCCGAGCGCCGGGUUGCUCAGCCAAAGAGACUGAGUUAGGUGAAGCGCGGUCCGCUCAGUUAUCUGCAAUCGCACGAAGCUUCGUACUCAGGCGGGAUGCCACCAUUCUGAAGAAGUACCUGCCGCCCAAACACGAAUAUGUCGUCUUUGUCACCCCUACCAAGUUGCAACUCGCCAUUUUUAGCAAGAUUCUAUCUGCGGACAAGCUGGACAAUCUUGUCCGAAAUUCAACCGCCGAGUCGCUGGCGCUGAUCAAUAUGUUGACGAAGAUCAGUAAUAGCCCGAUUCUCCUGAAAGCGACGCUCGAUCAAGCCAAGAACAAGGCCGGUAACGGUGGCGACGCAAUCAAGACGAAGGCCAUCGAGGAGGCUGUUACCCUACUUCCCGACAAAGCCAGGGUAGAGGACGUCUCCCUCAGUGGCAAGCUGACUGCUCUUGCUACUCUGCUUCGAGUGCUCCGAGAGCAAACCGACGAGAAGUGCAUUAUCGUCUCGCAUUACACAUCGACUUUGAAUAUUGUGGAGGCUUUCUGCCGAAGCAAGAAUUACUCGUAUCACCGACUCGAUGGACAAACACCGGCCCAGAAAAGGCAGGAGUAUGUCAAUGAUUUCAACAAGGCACCUCAGGCGAAGCGAUUCGUUUUCCUUCUCAGCUCGAAGGCGGGAGGUGUAGGCCUGAAUCUCAUAGGUGCUUCUCGGCUAGUCCUUGUCGAUUCGGACUGGAAUCCAAGCCAUGACUUGCAAUCUAUGGCUCGAAUUCAUCGCGAUGGUCAGAAACGUCCUGUCUUUAUAUAUCGCUUCUUGACUGCUGGAGCGAUCGAUGAGAAAAUCUAUCAGCGACAAGUAACGAAGUUGGGAUUGAGCGACUCGCUCAUGGGCAACGGGGCAGGAUCGUCGAAGUCGGACUCAUUUACCCGAAAGGACUUGCAAGACAUCUUCACCGUCUAUCCGCAUACCGCGUGUCAUACACAUGAUCUUCUCGAACCGCAGUGGAAAGAGCGAGGGGAAAGCGAUGGGGAAAGCGAUGAAGAGGAGCAACACAUGCACUUCAUGGCAGCUUCGCAAGUGAAACAGGAGCAAGUUGAGAAGCCUGACAAAGCUUAUCUCAAGCAGAAGAAGGCGCAGUUGGCCGCGUUGGGUGAAUGGACCCACAUCAACUACGACAUCCUGUCGCAGAUGCUAUAUACAAAGCCCUCGCAAUCGAAACCGACUUCCGCGGCAAGUCAAUCGCGGCUGGAAAGGCUGUUCGAUGCUGUUGACCUUGAGAAGGUGCUGGCAGAGAGUGGACCCGAUCCGACCGUGGAUGAAGUACCGGGAGGGACCGUAUCGUUUCUUUCGAGAGGGGAGUGA